AUGAUUGGCGGUGUACCGAGUCCAUCGCGCCCGGCGUCGUCGUCGGAAAACACGGCGGUAUCGACGAGACGGGCGAGCCGCGAGGAUGUCGAGAAGGCUGCUGAGCAGAGUCGCCAGCCGUCGGUGCAGGAAGACAUGAUGAAUUCCGGGUAUGGCGAGGAGAAGCAGGUACAGCAGAACUCGGGUUUGGAUACCGCAACUGCAGCAACAGGAAAUUCAAACGACACACCUUCGCAACCACAGGAACGACCAAAAGCCAUGGACUGGGACGGCCCAGAUGACCCUCUUAACCCGCAUAAUUGGAGCGCAGCACGGAAAUGGUUUCAGACGUAUACGAUAUCCGGGAUUGCGUUCGUAGGCACAUUUGCCUCGUCAGUGUUUACGCCUGCGAUUGAAGAAGCCGCUUUGGAACUCAACUCCUCGCCUCUUGUCUCCACCUUUGCAUACUCGAUUUACUCGCUUGGUCUGGCAUUUGGCGGACCUUUUGCCGCGCCUCUGAGUGAGACAUUCGGACGGCGCCCCGUUAUUUUCAUCAGCUUGCCUGUCUUUGCGCUGUUCACCUUGGGAACUGGAUUUGCAAAGAGCAUGGCUGCAUUGGUGGUUCUGCGAUUCUGGUCUGGAUUCUUUGCCGCGCCGAGUCUGAGUAUGGGGUCUGGUACUCUAAGUGAUAUAUGGCCGCCUGAGAAACGGUCAGGUCCUAUGUCUCUCUAUGUUGCGACUCCAUUCUUUGGUCCGGCUGUAGGUCCCCUGCUGGGAGCUGCCGUGACGCAGACUCAAGGAUGGCACUGGACCUCGUGGCUGAUCCUCUUCUUCACGGUGGUGCUUGUUAUAGCGCCAGCGCCUUUCUUCGUGGAAUCAUACAAGCCCGUUCUCCUACGCCAGCGUGCAAAGAAACUUAAUCUCCCGCUUCCACUCUCACCAACCGAAGGCAUGCCUUUGCCAAAAAUUGUCAGCACAUACGUGACCAAGACGCUUACCCGGCCGAUGCACAUGCUCUUGACCGAGCCCAUCAUCGCCACAUUCAACGCGUACAGCGCCUUCAACUUUGGUCUCCUCUACGCUUUCUUCGCCGCCUUCCCAUAUGUCUUCAAAAAAGAAUACGGCUUCGACAGUCUCUCGACCGGCCUAACGUUUCUCGGUCUAGGAGUCGGCGUCAUCGUCGCAACGGCAUGUAUCGUUUCCUUCAGUAAAUUCUACUACAUUCCACGUGUGAGGCAGGCAGUGAUUGAAAAGCGACCACCCCCACCAUUCGCAACCUCACGAUUAAAACCGGAAAAACGUCUCGGGCUCGCCAUUGCCGGCGGACCCCUUUUGACUCUCAGUCUCUUCCUCUUUGGAUGGUCAGCUGCAUACGGUGUGCACUGGAUUGUGCCCACGAUUGCCGAAGUGUUUUUUGGCUGCGGCAAUAUGCUCAUCUUCAUGGCGUGCAUGAUGUACAUGACUGAUACGUACGGCCCGCUUUACAGCGCCAGUGCAAUGGCUUCAAACGCCAUUCUGCGAUAUGUUCUCGGGGCUGUGUUUCCCCUCUUUGCAGUCCAAAUGUUCAAGCAUCUGGGCGCUCAAUGGGCUUGUACGCUCUUGGGUUGCUUGAGUUUUCUGGGUGCGUCCAUACCGUUUGUGCUGGCGCGGUAUGGCGAGGUGCUGAGAAGCAGGAGUGGAUAUAAGCGCGAUGGGUGA